UGUGACCAUCCCACCCACUUCGUUUGUUUCGUGAUGCUUGAUCUGCCCACCCAAGACGCGUUGAAGUAGUACUUUUCUUUCCUGUCCUGCUCUUCUUCCGUUGUCCUUCAACAAAGAAAUCAUGACGGUCGGAACUGUAUUGAUUACCGGUGGUACCGGAUACAUUGGGUCCUUCACCUCUCUUGCGCUCCUCGAACAUGGCUACAAAGUGGUGAUUGUCGACAGCCUGUACAAUUCGUCCAAGGUCUCACUCGAUCGCAUUGAGCUCCUCUGCGGAAAGCGCCCAGAUUUCUACCAAGUCGAUGUCACAGAUGAAGAAGCAUUGGACAAGGUCUUCGCUGCGCACCCAAACAUUGACAGUGUUAUUCAUUUCGCUGCUCUGAAGGCCGUGGGCGAAUCGUCCGAAAUUCCUCUCGAAUACUACCGUGUCAAUGUAGGCGGAACAAUUACUCUGCUACGAUGCAUGACCAAGUACAAUGUCCCAAAUAUUGUGUUCUCCUCCUCUGCGACGGUCUACGGCGAUGCGACACGAGUUCCCAACAUGAUCCCCAUUCCCGAACACUGCCCAAUUGGCCCUACAAAUCCAUACGGACGCACGAAGAGCACGAUUGAGCUGAUCAUUACGGAUCAUAUCGAGGCCCAGAGAAAUAAUCUGAAGAAGGCUGGCAAGCCAUACGAACACUGGAAUGGAGCUCUGCUGCGGUACUUCAACCCUGCUGGUUCUCACCCAAGUGGAAUCAUGGGCGAGGAUCCAUUAGGUGUUCCUUUCAACCUCCUGCCUUUACUCGGUCAGGUUGCUACUGGACAGAGAGAAAAGUUGCUGGUGUUCGGUGAUGAUUACCCAUCAAGAGACGGAACUGCUAUUCGUGAUUAUAUCCACGUCGUUGAUCUUGCCAAGGGCCAUCUAGCAGCACUGAAUCACCUUCGAGAGAAGAAUCCCGGUGUUAGAGCAUGGAAUCUGGGUUCAGGACGAGGUUGCACAGUCUUCGAGAUGAUCAACGCAUUCAGCCACGUUGUUGGACAUGAUCUGAAGUAUGAGGUCGUUGGCCGAAGAGCAGGUGAUGUGUUGGAUCUCACUGCAAAUCCUGCACGUGCAAAUGCUGAGUUGGGUUGGAAGACUGAGCUUACACUCGAGGAUGCUUGUGCGGAUCUCUGGAAGUGGGUUAGCAAUAAUCCUAAGGGGUACCGACAAGAUCCUCCCGAGGCGUUGAUAAAGGCUAUCAAGGAGAAGAAUUCUGUUUAGUUAUGUAUGCAUUCUGGUUCAGCAUUGUCUAAAGGUACUUGCAUGUCAGCAUAUAGACUUAAACAGCAGCU